AUGUUCCAGCUGCCCAUCCUCAAUUUCAGCCCGCAGCAGGUGGCCGGGGUAUGCGAGACCCUGGAGGAAAGCGGGGACAUCGAGCGCCUGGGGCGCUUCCUCUGGUCCCUGCCCGUAGCCCCCGCGGCCUGCGAGGCCCUCAACAAGAACGAGUCGGUGCUGAGAGCCCGGGCCAUCGUGGCCUUCCACACGGGGAACUACCGGGAGCUCUACCACAUCCUGGAGAACCACAAGUUCACCAAGGAGUCCCACGCCAAACUGCAAGCCCUUUGGCUGGAAGCGCAUUACCAGGAGGCAGAGAAGCUGCGGGGCCGACCCCUGGGGCCGGUGGACAAGUACCGAGUGAGGAAGAAGUUCCCGCUGCCCCGCACCAUCUGGGACGGCGAGCAGAAGACACAUUGCUUCAAGGAGCGGACGAGGCAUUUGCUGAGGGAGUGGUACCUGCAGGACCCUUACCCCAACCCCAGCAAAAAGCGGGAACUGGCUCAGGCCACGGGACUUACCCCCACGCAAGUGGGCAACUGGUUCAAAAACCGCAGGCAAAGGGACAGGGCAGCAGCCGCUAAGAACAGGCUACAGCAGCAGGUCCUCACGCAGGGCUCGGUGCGCUCGCUGCAAGCGGAGGAGGAGAGCGGCGGGGAGGCGGUGGGGGCGGCCUCCAGCCCCGCAGCCAGCCUCUCCAGCAAAGCGGCCACCUCCGCCAUCUCCAUCACAUCCAGCGACAGUGAAUGUGACAUCUGA